AUGGAUAGAGUUGGAAAAGAUUUAAAAAAACCAAAAGACAAAAUGUCGGCUUAUGCAUUCUUUAUGCAGGCCACAAGAGAGGAGCAGAAGAAAAAUUCCGGGGAGUCCCGGUCAUUUUUGGAUUUUUCCAAGAAGGCUUCUGAAAGGUGGAAAAAUUUGUCUGUCGAAGACAGGAAAACAUAUAAGGAAAUGGCAGCCAAUGAUUCAGUUAGAUACAAAAAAGAAAUGGCCAACUACGUAUCACUGAUGGCAACAACAAAAGAAAACGAAAAACCAAAGAUCUCAACGCACCAAAAAAGGCACUGUCUGCAUUUAUCUGUUUUUCAAAUGAAGAACGUCAAAAAAUUUAAACUGAUUUUCUAG